UUCUCGCGCCUGCGGCGAUCCCGGGGUCGCUGUCGGCGCGGUGUGCGGUGCAUUUCUUUCGCGAGUUGGCCUUCCUUUCCUGGGACCAUGGCCACCGACUCUUGGGCCCUCGCAGUGGACGAGCAGGAAGCGGCUGUCAAGUCGAUGGGUAAUUUGCAGAUCAAAGAAGAGAAAGUGAAAGCAGAUACCAAUGGUGUUAUCAAAACCAGUGCUACUGCAGAGAAAACAGAUGACGAAGAGAAAGAGGACAGAGCUGCCCAGUCCUUACUCAACAAGCUGAUCAGAAGCAACCUUGUCGAUAACACAAACCAGGUGGAAGUGCUCCAACGGGAUCCAAACUCCCCCCUCUACUCAGUGAAGUCCUUUGAGGAGCUUCGGCUGAAACCACAGCUUCUCCAGGGAGUCUAUGCCAUGGGCUUCAACCGUCCAUCCAAGAUACAGGAGAAUGCGUUACCCAUGAUGCUCGCUGAGCCCCCACAGAACCUCAUUGCCCAGUCUCAGUCUGGUACUGGUAAAACAGCUGCCUUCGUCCUGGCCAUGCUCAGCCGAGUGCAGCCAGCAGAGAGGUACCCCCAGUGUCUGUGCCUCUCCCCAACGUAUGAGCUGGCGCUUCAGACAGGAAAAGUGAUUGAGCAGAUGGGCAAAUUUCAUCCGGAACUAAAGCUUGCUUAUGCUGUUCGAGGCAAUAAAUUGGAAAGAGGUCAGAAGAUCAGUGAGCACAUUGUCAUUGGCACCCCUGGGACCGUUCUGGACUGGUGCGCCAAGCUCAAGUUCAUUGACCCCAAGAAGAUCAAAGUGUUCGUUCUGGAUGAGGCUGACGUGAUGAUAGCUACUCAGGGCCACCAAGAUCAGAGCAUCCGCAUCCAGAGGAUGCUGCCCAGAAACUGCCAGAUGCUGCUUUUCUCUGCCACCUUUGAAGACUCUGUGUGGAAAUUUGCCCAGAAAGUGGUCCCAGAUCCUAACAUUAUCAAACUGAAGCGUGAGGAGGAGACGCUGGACACCAUCAAGCAGUAUUACGUCCUUUGCAAUAACAGAGAUGAGAAAUUCCAGGCCUUGUGUAACCUCUACGGGGCCAUCACCAUUGCUCAAGCCAUGAUCUUCUGCCAUACCCGCAAAACAGCUAGUUGGCUGGCAGCAGAGCUCUCAAAAGAAGGCCACCAGGUGGCCCUGCUGAGUGGUGAAAUGAUGGUGGAGCAGAGGGCUGCAGUGAUUGAGCGCUUCCGAGAGGGCAAAGAGAAGGUUCUGGUGACCACCAACGUGUGUGCCCGCGGUAUUGAUGUUGAACAGGUGUCUGUCGUCAUCAACUUUGACCUUCCUGUGGACAAGGACGGGAACCCGGACAACGAGACCUACCUGCACCGGAUUGGGCGCACUGGCCGCUUUGGCAAGAGGGGCCUGGCGGUGAACAUGGUUGACAGCAAGCACAGCAUGAACAUCCUGAACAGGAUCCAGGAGCAUUUUAAUAAGAAAAUAGAAAGACUGGACACAGAUGAUUUGGAUGAAAUUGAGAAAAUAGCCAACUGAGAAGCUCCACCAGUCACUGGUGCCUGCCCUGGGCACUCCCCCCGCACGGGAGACUAGUGCUUUCCUGACACAGGCCUCGACAGUCACCACAAAGACGAAGGCACGAGUGGAGAGAAACUACCUACCUCAUUUUAAAUUACGUUUGGACUUGACAAAAGUUGUGCAAAUGAUGGAGGAUGGUAGGAGGAAAUUUUUGCAUUUUGGGGAAUUUAGUCCUUUUCCCCCUUUCUUAAGCCACGGUUUCCCCAACUUUACAAUAAUCUGAUUAUUGCUGGUAAUCGCUGGCCCCAGGGUCCCCAGCCUGUGUUCUGGCUAGGGGUGCUGGGCCCAGCUUCCAGCCCCUGCAGAAGUGAUCGAGGUGGAGGUAGAGCUCGGGAGAGGCCCAGGGGCACUGGGGGUGUGAGCCCCGCCACAUGGACGGAGCCUGGGCGGCAGCAGCAGAGAGGCCUGUGAGCUGCCCCCCUUCUCUGUCCCUUCACUGAAAUCUAUCACAAAUGUUUCUCUUGCCCUCGGAGCCCUCUUCCUUCUCCUAAAGUCCAGAGACGGUCCAGCUGAUCCCUUUUACCUCUGUUCCCUAUGGCAGAGGAUAUCCCUGUUUCUCCCUGAGUGAGCAUCUUGGCUGAUUUUAUAAACCUCAGUCUUGGAGACAAACACAGACGUCGGUGAAUCCCAGCCCCUUCCGAGAGAUUGGUGCAGCAAGGGUGGGUGAAUCCUUCGAGGAUCCGGGCUGGCCUUCUCCUCCUUGCACUUGCUCUGUCUGCUCAGGCAGCAGUAGUCAGUCAUGGCAGCCAGGAGACAUCAGCCAUCUGACACGCCUGACCGAGUGAGCUGGUUCUUAGCCAUGGAGUGUCACGCUCUGCUGAGUUAUGACCAAGUGAGAACUCUGAUUAUGCUGUUCAUAGGAUGGAUAAAUUAGAGCUAUACCCAUCAUUCAUUAUGUUAAGAAAUUUUAAAAUAAUUAUGAAGCGCUUUACUAAUUAAUCAUGAUUUGUUUUUAUUUGUAUUUUUCUGCUUACUAGACUAAUAUAUGCUCAUUAAAAAAAUACGUGUGUAUCUAU